AUGACCGCAAGCACUGACUCGGCGAUCCGACCACGUACCAAGUUUUUUCUCCGUGGCAAGAGCGGUGUGGAGUCCAUCUUGGGUCCGCCCUCUUCUAGCAAGGACAAGACGCUCAAGAUUGAGCGCGAUGACAAGUUUGCAGCUGUGGGCUUUGCUGAUCUCUUGGAGUUCACCAGCGAUGGCAAACUCCUCGUGCUCGUGCGCACUGCGUCGGGGUUUACCGUGCACGACUCGGACAGUGGUGCUGUCGUCGUGGACGUGGCCAAUCCGGGCAUUCAUGCAGUGGCCUGGUCGCCACUUGGCUCGCACUUGUUGACGUGGCAGCGGCCCCAGAAAGACUCGGACCUCGGUAACCUCGUUGUGUGGGACGCGCUCACGGGCAAAGAAGUCGCACGGUUCAAGCAAAAGUCCUAUACACGUGAUAAAUGGCCGCCGCUUCAGUGGUCGUCUGACGAGACGAUCUGUGCGCGUCAGAGUGCAAACGGCGUGAUGCUAUACAGCGGUCGCGACGUCGCAGCGGGACCGAUCGGUCAAAUCAACCUCCCCAACGUGGCGAACUUCAGUGUAGCUCCUGGCAGUGCACCAUACAAGGUGGCUCUGUUCGUUCCAGAGAAGAAGGGCAAGCCUGCUAGCGUCAAGAUUUUCCAAUUUACCAACCUCGAUGUGUCGACAGCAACGAAGAGCUUUUACAAAGCACAGGACGUGACAUUCAAGUGGUCUCCCACAGGCAGUGCACUGAUCAUUGAAACUCGCACGGACAUUGAUACGUCAGGCAAGUCGUACUACGGCGAAACAGGUCUCUUUUUCCUGCAGAGCGACGGCGAGUAUGACUGCAUUGUCCCGCUAACGAAAGAAGGCACAGUGCACGAUGUGGCGUGGGACCCGACGGGCCGCGGGUUUGUGGUGAUCGCGGGUGCAAUGCCUGCAAAUGCCACGCUUUACGACAGCAAGGCGAUCCCGGUCUUUGAGUUUGGUGCAGCGCCCCGGAAUCACGUCAGCUGGAGCCCGCACGGUCGCUUCUUGUGUCUGGCUGGCUUUGGAAAUCUUCGUGGUGACAUGGACUUUUGGGAGCGCAACAAGCUCAAAAAGAUGGGCUCCGCAACGUCAAACUCCGCGACGACAUUCGCGUGGUCGCCCGAUAGCCGCUACUUUGCAACGGCGACUACGUUCCCGCGUCUGCGUGUCGACAACGGCUUCAAAAUCUUCCGCUACGAUGGCGCUGGUCCCAUUCACCAGGAAGAGCGCGGCGAGCUGUAUGACCUCAAAUUCCGCCCGGCAGCGCUGGACACGUACCCAAAUCGACCGCAGUCUCCGCGCCGAAAAGACGACGAGGCGGGCUUUGGCUCAUCAUCCUCGACUUCAAUUGCUGCGCCAAAGCCGCAAGCAUACCGUCCGCCAAACUCGACAGGAGCGCUCGCUGCAAUGAUGCGCAAAGAAGAGGGUGGACCGAGGAAACUGGACCGCAACAAGUAUGCAGCUCCCCGCAGCAAUACCUCAACAAUACCUGGUGCUGCACCUCGUGUGAUUCCGGGCAUGACCGCUACAGCGCCCAAGAAACUGAGCAAGAGUAUCCGUAAGAAAAAGGCGCAGGAGGCUGCUGAAGCCAAGGCUGCCGUGGACGAGGCGAUCGCCAAACUUGCCGGCACCACCUCAGAGGCACCGACUGAACCGAGUCCGGUCGAGCUGACUUCUGAGGAGAAGGCGAAAAAGGUGAAGGGUUUGCUGAAGAAACUGAAGCAGAUCGACGCGAUCAAAGCGAAGAAGGAGAGUGGCGACGUGCUGAACGACGAUCAGCUGCACAAGCUCGAGACUGAACAGGCUCUGCGAGACGAAGUGGCUGAACUCUCUGCGUAG